CCUCUUUGGUCCCAAAAGCCCCUGGCAUUCCUGCGUGGGCGGGGCGGCUCCUUCCGCCGGCGCGAGAGGGAGAUGGGGCUGCUCAGCAUCCUGAAGAAGAUGAAGCAGAAGGAGCGGGAGCUGCGGCUGCUGAUGCUGUAUCCUUCCGCGCGGGGCAGAGGGGCGAAGGGAGAGGGGAAGGGGUGGCGGGGCCGGGCGAGGGUCCACGCGGGGCUUCGCAUUCCUCCGCCACCUCCUUUUGCUCCGAGGCGUUGAGCAGGGCCAGGGCUGGGGACCAGGCAGCAUUUCUAAGCUGCAUCCUCAGGGUCUUCUGAACCUAAGUGGCAAAGGGCGCCUCUGUGCGUGUGCAGAGUGCCUUUGCCUCUCAGAGCCCGUGCAAACCGAACCCGCGCGUCCACGCAUCCCGCAGGGUAUAUGGCGAGAGCCAGCAGUUUCCUAGCAGACUGCAUAGGAAGACGGGAAGCUGCCUUAUACCCAGUCAGACCGUUGGCACAUCUAUCUCAGUAUUGCCUACACUGGCUGGCAGCAGCGGCUCUCUAGGGUUCCAGGCCCUACCUGGAGGUGCCAGCAAGGACUGAACCUGGGGUGUUUUGCAUGCAAAGCACACUCUGUCUGCCACUGAGCAGCAGGCUUUGCCCUUGCUUUGAGGUUCCCUGAAGAAACCUGAAGGGAAUUGAGGGUGUGUAUGCAGCAGGCUGCCACCUCCUCCUCUCUUGCAAUUGUGUCCCUUUAACUCACCUCCCUAUGUCAGUGGCCUGGACAAUGCCGGAAAGACUACGAUUCUGAAGAAGUUCAACGGGGAUGAGAUCGACACCAUCUCUCCCACGCUGGGCUUCAACAUCAAGACCUUGGAGCACCGCGGGUGAGGGGCUCCAUCCCAUCCCCUUUCCCCAUAGCUGCCAGGGUGCUGCUGUGACUGGAGGAAGGGGCUCCUCUCUGCAUUCCUCCCUCCCUUUCUCCUUCAUUGCUGGCCUAGAAACCCCCCUCCCCAUUUCCUCCACCCCUUUGUCACCUGCCUGUGGGUCUCCUCUUUGCAGGUUCAAGCUGAACAUCUGGGACGUUGGGGGGCAGAAAUCCCUGCGCUCCUACUGGCGGAACUACUUUGAGAGCACCGAUGGCCUCAUCUGGGUGGUGGACAGCGCUGACCGCCAGCGCCUAGAUGACUGCAAGAGGGAACUCCAGAGCCUUCUGGUGGAGGAGGUAGGAGCCCAGGGGGGCUGGGAGUGCCUACCUGCUCUGCAGCAGAGGACAGAGUAGACCUUGAGCUCUGCCUGGCCUUGGUGCUGCAAGGGUUAACCGGGGAGGGGGAUUUGACGCUGUGUGGUAGGACACUUGCUUGGCAUGCAAGAGCUCUCCGCUUCAGUCUCCAGGUGGAGACCCCUGCUUAAAAUGCCUGUUUGUUACUGUGUCUGAUUCAAGGUGCCCAAGUUGUUAUUAGGCCCCAAAGAUCUGAAAGGUUGCCUCCUUCCCCACAGACCCUCUCGGGUGCUGAUAUUGGCAGAGGGGGGUCCCAUUGGUAGCUCCUCAACCCCCAGAGCCUCAGUUGGGGUGGCAGCCUGGAGGAGGGCCUUCUUUGUGGCGGCCCCUAAGCUGUGGGGAACUCCCUCCCCACAGAGGUGCGCCUGCCACCUUCAUUAAACAGCUUUGGAGAAUGCCGAAGACACAUUUCUUUACUCUGGCCUUUGACACCUGAGGUGUAUAUUUUUAGGAUACACCUUUUUCUUACGUUUGCAAUCUGCUUUAAAUUGUAUUUAAGGUUGCAUUUUAAUGUUGCGACCUGCUCAGGCAUCUUAAGGUGAAGGGUAGGCCUGGGUGAUACCUGGUUUUCAACAUCACAAUAUAUCACCAGCUAAACAUCGGGAUACUACCGAUAUAUCACAGUGUCUGAAAUAAGGAUGGAGCUAUGGAGAAGCAUUGGCUGGCUUCGCAGUUUUUCCCACAUUGUGUUUUUUGCAGAACACACACACAUAUCAUGAUUCGUAAUAUAUUGCCAGGUCAAAAGUUAUGAAACCCAAUAUGACGAUAUGAACUUCAAACCGGUUUUGGACGGUAUUUCGCCCAGCCCUAAUGAAAGGUGAUUAAUAAAAUAAUAACAGUAAAACUCUGGAGACCCACUUCCAGUGCUUUUUCCCCUUAAAAAAUGUUUAGGGGUACUCUCAUUUUCCUACUCAUAUUGAAAUAUGGCCCCUCAAUGAGGCCAAACGUAGAUUCACAAAAUGUUUGGGAGUAUGCUACCCCUGCGUCCCCCCAGAAAAAAGCACUGCCCACUUCCUGUCAUGGUGGGCCAAUCUUCCCCAAGCCCUCCCAUCAGCCCCAGUGAUCACUGGGAGUUGUAGUCAAAAAUGGCUGGCAUAGAGUAGACGAUACUGGCUAGCUGGCCCAUUGGCCUGACUUGGAGUAAAGCCCCUUCCUGUGUCCCUCUUUAAAUCAGCCCUUUAUUCAGAAUCACAAGGACCAUAGCUCAUGGUAGGCAAUGCACACUCUGCUUGCAGAAUCUUAGUUUGUUUUUAGGGUCAUAGGUCAGUGGCAGAGCACUUGCCUUGUACGCAGAAGGCCCCGGGUUCGUUUCCCACUGGCAUCUCCAAGAAGAACCCUGGAGAGCCUCUGCCAGCCAGUGUGGACCAUACCGAGCUUGGUGGACCAAUCGGACGACUUGGGAUAAGCUUCCCUCCUUCCUAUGUCACAUCUUUGUUUCUGCCUCAACAGCGCCUGGCGGGGGCCACCUUGCUCAUCUUUGCCAACAAGCAGGACCUGCCUGGGGCCCUGAGCUCCAGCGCCAUCCAGGAGGUGAGGAUCACUAGCAGUCCUGGCGGGAGCAGAUGGGGUGGCUUUGGGUACCGGGCAAACCAAGGACGGCAGGGUGCCUCUUAUGGUUUUGAGGAAGUUAAUUUCAGCUCAGUUUAUUUGGCCAGCAGACCAUAAACAUUGGAUAUGGCAUAGCAUUAUCUAGACCAGGCAUCCCCAACCUUCGGCCCUCCAGAUGUUUUGGACUACAAUUCCCAUCAUCCCUGACCACUGGUCCUGUUAGCUAGGGAUCAUGGGAGUUGUAGGCCAAAACAUCUGGAGGGCUGCAGGUUGGGGAUGCCUGAUCUAGACGACCACAGCAUGGACACAACACAAUUUUCACCCACACAAAUUGUGCCUUUUAAAAUAAGAGAGUAAAAUAAGCCAUGAUGAGUCAAGAAUGCUUAAAAUUACGGACGUCUGUAUUUUUUGGAAUUGGAGAAGUCGGGAAGCACAUCAGCCCUAGCCAGCGCAGGGCUGAUGGGAGUUGUAGUCCCAAACAUCUGGAAGGAGCCUGCUUUACAAAGGCUGUCCUGCCCGGCCUGUAGCCUUUCUGGGUGCUACCCACCAUCUCUUCAGGUGAGCCUGGUUUCAAGGCCCACUUGCAGGCUUUCCCUUUGAGCUUGCCAGAUCCGUGGCCCUCACCCCCCCCAAUCUUUCUGCCUCUUUCCAGGCUCUCGACCUCGACAGCAUCCACAGCCACCACUGGUGCAUUCAAGGCUGCAGCGCCUACACUGGGGAGAACCUGCUUGUGGGUAUCGAUUGGCUGCUGGACGAUAUAUCCAGCCGGAUAUUUACUGCGGACUGAGAGGAGGAAGGGGGAAACGGGCGCAAACACCUCCAGCUCACCUGCUUUGCGUGGCUUAAUAACCUGGAACUGUUUUCCCCUGCUGGGCGUUUUAAGGGCCUUUCCUGGGUGCAGCCCUCAUUGAGAAGGCUGCUCGGCUAUGUUGGGCAAGAGUGGGGCGCCCCUCUUGUUUCUGUCCUAGGCCAUGAGCCAGGCCCCGCCUGCGGAAGGACAAUGAAGGUGUAUGUUCGGGGUCUCCCCAACACCCCAGUUCUCUGUACAGGAUCAUGUUAUAUUAAGAACAUGCUAAUAAAGCUGUUGUUGUGGCUCUCAGGA